AUGGAUGAACUAAAUAAUCGACAAACUCCAAAAUUACGGUUUAGACCAUAAUAACCUUAAUUAAAAACUCUAGAAGUAAAUUUAAUAGUUUAAUAUAGAGUGAUCAAAAAUAAACAUAAAUUGCUAGAUUGCCUUCAGGUACAAAAAAUACAAUGACAUUACCUCGUUUGGAUAGCAGAGUUGGCAUUCAAACAGGAUUGAAGGAUGUGGAUAAGGAGAUGAAUUAGUUAGAAUUGAAUAGUAAGGUCAGAGAUUUGGAAAUAAUGAUGAUAGAUUUCAAAGCCAAUAUUGAAAGGAGAAUUUAAAAAACUAUAGAAGAUAAUCCAUAAAAGUUUAUGCAAUCAAUUAAAUAAUUAGAAUCUUAGGAAAUGUAAUUGUGGAGGUAAGUGAAUGAUAAACAGAUCAUUUUUCAAGAUGCAAUGAGUCAGUUACGUAAUUAAGGAGAAAAGAAUAGAGAUACUCUUUCAUAAAUGAUUUUUGAAUUACAAAAGAGAUGUAAUGAUCAAGAACUUAAAUUAAGUUCUUUGAUCAAUUAAUAAGAAGGCAUUGAAAUGAAAUUAAAUGUAUCAAAGCCAACAUCAAUAUAACCAGUAUCUGACAAUCUUGAAGUUAAAUUAUUGAGAGAAGCAUUUAAUAAUGAGAAAACUCAUAGAGAUGCAAUAAUAGAAGAUCUAUAAAGAUAAUAGUAAGAAGUACAUUAUAGAUUGGUAAAAUAAGAAUCUGAUUUCUAUAAUAAAUUGAAAUAAUAGAGAGAGGAAUUCUUAGAAUAAAAUGAUAAAACAAAGAUCAGUAUCAAAGCAUUAGAUAAUAUGAAAUUGGCUAAAAUAAAUUAAGACUAAGAUUAUAUAAAGAAUUUAAUUGGAAGUGUAGAAACUAGAAUUGCUGAUGAAGUUGAAAGACGUUUAAAGAAUGAAUUUGAUUAAAGAAAUUAAUUGGAGAAUAAGAUGUAAGCAUUUAAAGAGGAAAUAAGAAAUGAUGAAAAGUAGAUUCUAUUAGGAGAAUAGAAAUUUAUGAAAUAAAUGCAUGAUAGUGUUUCAUCAUUAAAUUAGAUUAUUAAAAAUACAAAAGAAUAAUUAGAAGCAAAUUUAGCUUCAUCUUAAACUAUUGUAACUGAAAAUAUUAAAUCUAUUUCUAAAACAGUUGAGAUGAUAAGAGAAACUUCAUUAGGUAAGGUAGCAUUAAUUGAAUAAGCAUAAAAAGAAUUAAAUUUUAGAGUAGGAGAAACUAGAUAAAUGAUGCAUGAACAUGCUAAUUUAAUUAAUACUAGUCUUCAAAAAGAAUUUUAGAAAUAACAAGAAUAAUUAUAGAAUUAUGAAUAAUAAAUGUAAAAAUCAAUGGAAAUGUAGAAUAAAUUAUUAAAUGAUGAAAGAUCAUUAAAUGAGGAUUGGAAAAAACAAUUUGCAUAGAAAAAUUUAGUUAUUUUUACUGAAGUUAGUACAAAUCUUAAAAAUAUAAAAGGAGAAUAACUUAAAGAUAAAAAUGAAUAUUAAGAAAAUUUAAAAAUAAUAUCUCGUGAACUUGAAAAUAAUGAUAAGAAAUAUCUUUAAUUAAUGAAAAAUUUAGAUUAAAAAGUUACUUAAGGAUUAAAUUCUUAAGAAUUCAAAUUAGAUUCAUUAAGAAUAGAACUUUCUGAAAUUAUUAAAAAUAUUUAAUUACAAUACAAUAUUUAAUUGCAUGAAUAAAUACAAUUUGCAAUUGAAACUGCAAAAAAAGAUACUAUUUAAUAAGUUUUAGAAUCUUCAUAAUAAAUAAAUGAUAGAAUUACAAGAGAAAUUGAAAUGGCUGAUCAAUAAACUAAUGCAAAAUUAGAUAGUUUAUCCAUUUAAAUGAAAGAAUUUAUUAGAAAUAGAGAAGAUUAUAUUUUAUAAAGAUUGUAAUCUAUGAUUGAUGAAGAAAAAGAGUUAAGAUAAAGACUUUAAGAAUUGAUUGAAAAAUAUGGAGAUAUGGUAAGAAAAUUAAAGGAAGAUUUAGAUUUUGAAAUAUAACUUUUAAGAAGAGAUUAUGAUGAAAAAUUAAAUGAAGCAAUAUUAAAGAUUGAAAGAGAUUAUUAAGAAAAAGUGAAAGAUAUUGAUAGAUAAUUAAAAUAGGAAAUUCUUAAUUCAGAGAAUAGAAUGCAAAAGAAUUUGGAUGAUUUAAGUAUAGAAAUUUCUAAAUCUAUGGAUUAAAUAAAAUUAUUUAUUAAAAAAAUAGAUAAUAAUCUUAAAUCAUAUGUUUAAUAAGAAUUAGAUUAAACUAAACAUGAUUUAAAAAUGAUGAUGAAAGAUAUUGAAGAUGAUCUAUUUAAAUUAAGAAUAUGGACAAUUUAAUAAAUGGAAAAAAUGGAUUAAGCCAUGAGAGAAAUUCAUAUAUAAAUUUAAAGUGAAAUGUAUUUAGAAAGAAUGUAUACUUUAACUACACUUGAAAACUUUUAAGAUCAUCUUAUAAAUAUAAUAAAUAAAGAGAAAUAAGAUAGAUUAUAAUGGUAAUUUACUAUGGAGAAUUAACUUAAUUAAUUAGAUAUGUCAUUAAAUAAUAAGAUUGAUAAUGUUUAAAAUAAUUUAUAAUAAUAAUUAGAAGAUGUCACUUCUGAAUUUAAAUAAUCUGUCUAAAAAUUAAAUGAAUAAAUAAAUCAAUAAUUUACUAAACUAGAAGAAGAUUUAAAUUCAAAAUUAAAUGAUAUACAUGAGUAAGUAAAAGAAGCAGCUUAAAUAUUAGAAGAUAAAAUUAAUUAGUAGAUUAAUAAAAUGAAUGAAGAAUUUAAUUAAUAAAUGAUUUAAUUUAGGAAUGAUGUAGAAACUUAAUUUUAAGAAUUAACUGACAAAAUUAAAUAAGAUUUAUAAGAUUUAUUUGAUGAAAUUACUUAAAAACUUACUAAAUUGAGAUUUGAUACAUAAAAUGGAUUUACUUAACUUGUAGAAUAAUAGAUAACAUCAGGAAAUUAAUUAAAAUCUUAAAUUGAUUAGAGCUUUGCUUACUUUUAAUCAAAGUUUUAUUUGAAUGAACAAAUUCGUUAAGCAAAUGAAGAAUUAGAUAAAGAAAGACAUACUGGUAUUAUAGGUAAAUUAGAAUUAUUAGUUAAAGAAAUGGAGAGAUUGGAGUAGAAGAAGAAUUAAAUUAAAAAAGAUUUAAAUGAAUUUGUUAAAGGAGUUUAGAAUAAUUUUAAUAAUAUUACUGAUGCUAUAAGAGCACAUGGAUAAUUCUUAAAUGAAUUAGAUGCAAAAAUAACAAUGGAAAUGAUGUUAUAAUAAACAAUUAAUGAAGCAUAAGAAUAUAAAUUAUAGGCAUAAUUAAUAGAAAUUAAUAAGGGUUCAGAAGUAAAAAUUUAAGAAUUAGAAGAAAAACUUACAAAUUUUGAUAACACAAUUCAUAAUCAACUUGAAUAAAUACAAGUAGAUUAAGAAGAAACAAAUAAUAGACUUGAAUUAGAAUAGAAAACUCAUGCUGAAUAAAUAAAAAUACAAGAAGAAUAAUUAAAAAAUUAAGAGGAAUAAUUAAAAAAUUAAGAAGAAUAAUUAAAAUAAAAUGUUAUUUAAUCAUAAUAGAUUAUUGGUAAUAUAUAAUUAAUUAAAACUAUGAAUGGAGCUAUGGAAAUCAAUCUCUCUGAUUAUGUUAAGAAUUAAAUUUAAUAAACUUUAGAUUUAAUUUUAAAAAAUAAUUAGACUAAUUUAGCUAAUAUAGUAAAGUAAGAAUAAAAUCUAAAAUUAUUGAUUGAUGGAAAGAAUUAAGAAUAAAAUUAGAAUAUAAAAUUAAUUUCAUAAAAUAUUGAUACAAUAAUUUAGGAAAAUAAUUAAAUGAAAUCAGAUAUUGAUUAAGAAUUUGAAAAACUUAAUGAAAGAAUUUCUUAAUUAAAUUAAGAAUAAGGAUAGGGUAAAACUUAAUCCAAAGAUUUAGAUUAAAAUAUAGCAUCUUAUGGAAUUGCUAUAGAAUCUCUUAAAAAAGAUUUAGAAGUUGAAAUAAAAAGAUUAUAAACAUAAAUUGAUAAUUUAGGAUAAAAUGUAGCAUUUUAAAAAUAAGGAAAUUAAGAUAAACCUUAAUCAUAAUCAGAUAAUAAUAUUAAAGAUUUAGAAUUAAGAAUAAAUGAUAUUGAAUAGGAAUUAGAAAAAGAAUUUUAAUAAUAUGGAACAGAUAUAGAGUCUUUGAAAAUCUAAAUUAAAAAUUUAUCAUCAAAUAAAUAAGCCUAAUCUCCAAUAUCAUAAACUCCUAAUAAUAAAAGUUAAACUAAUUAAUAGCAAAUGGAUAUGUUUGCAAAGGAAUUUGAUAGACUUGAUGAAGAAAUAGAUAAAAUAAAGAAUUAAAUAUCAAAAUUAGGAACUAGGCCUUCUAAUGGUGCUGUAGCUGUUGAUUCAGAUGCAUAAAAAGAUAUUUAAGAAAUUCGAAAUUUUGUUGAUGAUUUUGAUAAAGAUGUUUAAAAAGAAUUUUAAAAUAUUAGAACUGAAAUAGAAAUUCUAAAGAAAAAUUAGAAUAAAAAUGAUGGUUAAGCUGAUAUAGUUUCAUCUGAAGAAUAUGAGAAAUUUUAAGGUUAAUUAGAAUUAGAAUUCAAUAAAAUUGAUGAAUAAAUUUAAAAAAUAAAUGAUGAUAUUGAAAAACUUAGUAAACAAUAACCAGUAAUUUUUAAUUGAAUUAUUAAAUAGGCAGUUGGUGGUGGAGCAGGAACUGGAAAAGGUGGAGACAAUAAAAUACUUGAAGGAAAAGUUAGUCUAAUAGAAAAAAAACUAGAUGAUUUUGAAGUUGAAUUAAAAGAUAUGUAAGAAUUUAUAGACUCACUUGAUAAUAGACUAAAUGAAAUGGAAAAAUGA